UAGUCCUAGUUAUACACUAGAUGUUAAAGUCUAGACAUAUUUAAAGCACCUAUAGAUUAGUUAUAAAUUUAGUAGUAGUAGUCAUCAAAAUCAUUAUGAGAAGCGCUUCCCAAAUGGCCAAACGGUUUUACCGAUCGGAAUCCGAGGUCCAAUCGGAACACAGCAGCGAAUACUUGGACUCGGGCCGUAAGGCACGGCUGGAAAAUCGCUGGGUAUUCGAAAUGUCUACCGAAGUGGCCAACAAAGUGGGCGGUAUUUACACUGUUAUCCGAUCAAAGUCGCAGAUCAGCUGCAAAGAAUUGGGCGACCAAUACUUUCUGGUCGGUCAGUAUAACCACGGGAUGGCCGGUAAUACGGAAGUGGAAAUCAGCGAUCGGCCACCGGAACACAUCAGCGAUGUCCUGGAGGCAGUCGCCCGUCAGGGCAUACGUGUCGUAUACGGCCACUGGCUUAUCGACGGCUGUCCGCAAGUGUUGCUCGUCGACUACGGAUCGGUUGCCUCCUGGAAACUGGACGAAUGGAAACACGACUUCUGGAACGUGUGCAACAUUGGCAUACCCGUCGGCGAUCGGGAGGCCAACGAUUCAAUUAUUUUCGGUUACAGUGUAGUCACACUGUUGGACGAGUUUUACAAACGCAUGGACAGCGAUGGGUCGUCGUCGCCGCUGCCGCUAAUGUUGGCCCACUUUCACGAAUGGAUGACCGGUGUCGGUCUGAUUAUGUGUCGGAUCAGGCACCUGGACGUGGCCACCGUAUUCACUACACACGCAACAUUGCUGGGCCGAUACCUGUGCGCCGCCAGUAUCGACUUCUAUAACAAUUUGCAACACUUCCAGUUGGAUGCCGAAGCCGGCCGCCGGCAGAUCUACCAUCGAUACUGUCUGGAACGGGCGGCCGCCCAUUCGGCGCACGUUUUUACCACCGUUUCGGAAAUUACAUCCCUGGAGGCCCAGUAUCUGCUGAAACGUCGACCGUGUAUAGUAACGCCCAACGGUUUGUCCGUCAAGUCGGCCAUCGCUGGUCACGAAUUCCAGAAUCGGCACACAUCGAGCAAAGAGCUGAUCCACGACUUUGUUAGGGGACACUUCUUCGGCCACUAUGACUUUGAUCUCCAGAAAACGCUAUACUUUUUCAUCAGUGGCCGCUACGAGUUCGGCAACAAAGGAGCCGAUAUGUUCAUCGAAUCGCUGGCCAGACUUAAUCAUCAGUUAAAGUCGACGGGCAGUGACGUAACGGUUGUGGCGUUUUUCAUAUUUCCGGCCGUAACCAACAGCUAUAACAUUGAAUCGCUGCGCGGUCAGGCAGUGGCCAAACAGCUGCGCGAAACUAUCGGCGAACUGCAGGUCAACUUCGGCAAACGAUUGUUCGACAAGUGUCUCGGCGGUCGUGUACCCGAUCUGCAGGAACUGGUCAACCAAUCGGAUAUUGUUAAACUCAAGCGUUGUAUAUAUGCAUCGCAGCGAUCAUCGCUGCCACCGAUCAGUACACACAAUAUGGUCGACGAUCAUACGGAUCCUGUCCUCAGUCACAUCCGCCGAUGCCGACUGUUCAACGAUCGGUCAGAUCGGGUAAAAGUCAUAUUUCACGGCGACUUUCUGUCGCCAACGAGUCCAUUGUUUAGCAUCGACUACGAAGACUUUGUUCGCGGCUGUAAUUUAGGUGUCUUUCCCUCCUAUUACGAACCCUGGGGCUAUACACCAGCCGAAUGUACCGUUUGGGGUAUACCGUCGGUUACAUCCAAUCUAUCGGGUUUUGGCUGUUUUAUCAGCGAACACGUAGCCGAUCCGAUGGCCUACGGUAUCUAUAUUGUUGAUCGCCGAUCGAAAAAUUGCGAACAAUCGGUCCAAGAGUUGACACAAUAUAUGUACGACUUUACCACACUAUCCGAUAGGCAACGAUGUAUACAACGUAACCGUACCGAUCGGUUGAACGAUUUGUUGGACUGGAAACAUCUGAGUGCCUACUAUAGAGUGGCCAGAAAUCUGGCCCUACAUCGGCUACACCCGGAUGUAAUCAUUGACACCGCGGAGGAGGAGGAGGAGGACACUGACCGGCCGAAUAGGGAAAUGUGCUAUUAUUCGCGUCCGUUGUCCGAACCGGGAACCAGUGUUACCAGUGCUGGUGGUGGUGCCGAUAGUACUAGUGGUGAUGAGGACGGACAGGUAGUGGCCAAAAAUACUGAUGAAAAUCAUAACGGCUAUGUAUUAGAUAAAUAUAUACAGUCAGCACCAGCAGCGCAACGUACCGGUGCUUCAAUCAAUAUGUGAUUCAAAUAUAUAUGUGUUUUAAUAAUAUAUUAAAUCAUUGAUUGGUUUGAAUUUUUUUAUAUAUAAAAAUUAUUUUUAUCUCAA